AUGAGUUCAGUUCCCAGUAUGAGAGUAAGCGAGCAGGAGCACUUUCAUCUUGAGGAUACUAGCCAAAUAGAGAGGUCCCUUUGGGUGCUGAAUCCUCCCAAUCCACCACCUCUAUGGAACAAUCUAUUUAGUCCACUGAAGAAAACCGUGUCUUUUUUUUCAUCCAAGAAGCAAACUUGCCUUGGACGUGUUGUUUCAUUCUUAGAGAGUUUAUUUCCUAUCCUUACCUGGUUCAAAAAUUACAAAGCCUCCAAGUUUAAAAAUGAUUUGCUAGCCGGUUUAACUCUUGCCAGCCUCAGCAUACCUCAGAGUAUAGGAUAUGCUAAUUUGGCACAACUUGAUCCUCAGUAUGGCCUGUACACCAGUGUUGUUCCUCCACUUAUCUAUGCUGUGAUGGGGAGUUCAAGAGAAAUAGCAAUUGGGCCUGUAGCUGUAGUAUCAUUACUUCUAUCUUCCCUAGUCCCCAAAGUGGUAGAUCCUGCUGUUGAUCCUGAUGCCUACAGAAGUGUUGUCUUUACGGUGACCUUAUUUGCUGGAAUCUUUCAAGCUGCAUUCGGUGUUUUCAGGUUGGGGUUUCUCGUGGAUUUUCUUUCACAUGCUGCACUUGUUGGAUUCAUGGCAGGCGCAGCCAUUAUUAUUGGUCUUCAGCAGCUCAAGGGGUUGCUGGGGGUUACUCACUUUACCAAUAAAACCGAUGUAAUAUCCGUGUUGGAGUCUGUAUACAAGUCACUCCAUCAACAAAUUACAUCAGGAGAAAAAUGGUGCCCUCUGAAUUUUGUCAUCGGAUGUUCAUUCCUGAUUUUCCUUUUAGUUGCCCGAUAUGUUGGCAGAAGAAACAAAAAACUUUUCUGGUUGCCAGCUAUUGCUCCUCUUCUAUCAGUUUUACUAUCAACUUUAAUUGUGUAUUUGUCAAAAGCUGAUAAGAAAGGGGUUAAUAUAAUAAAGCAUGUCAAAGGAGGCUUGAAUCCAAGUUCAGUUCACAAGUUACAAUUCCAGGGUCAACAUGUUGGACAAGCAGCUAAAAUUGGAUUGAUUUCUGCCGUUAUUGCUCUCACUGAAGCAAUAGCAGUUGGUCGAUCUUUUGCAUCCAUUAAGGGAUACCAUCUUGAUGGCAACAAAGAAAUGUUGGCAAUGGGAUGUAUGAACAUUGCGGGAUCUCUCUCUUCGUGCUAUGUAGCAACUGGUUCUUUCUCAAGGACUGCAGUAAAUUUCAGUGCAGGAUGUCAAACAUCAAUAUCAAAUAUUGUGAUGGCAGUUACUGUGCUUCUGUGUCUAGAAUUGUUUACAAGGCUCCUAUACUACACUCCUAUGGCCAUACUUGCUUCUAUCAUCCUCUCUGCACUUCCUGGAUUAAUUGACAUAAAUGAAGCUUGCUAUAUUUGGAAGGUUGACAAAUAUGACUUUCUUGCCUGCAUUGGUGCCUUCUUCGGUGUCUUGUUUGUAUCAGUCGAAAUUGGUCUUCUUGUUGCAGUGUCAAUCUCAUUUGCAAAGAUACUAAUACAAUCAAUUCGACCAGGGAUAGAAAUUUUAGGCAGAGUUCCAAGAACAGAAGCAUUUUGCGAUGUUAGUCAAUAUCCUAUGGCCACAAGCACUCCAGGCAUCUUGGUGAUUCGCAUAAGCUCUGGCUCACUCUGCUUUGCAAAUGCUAAUUUUAUUAGAGAAAGAAUACUGAAGUGGGUCACGGAAGAAGAAAACGAACUUGGCAAGGGAAGGGUUCAUGCAGUAAUCUUGGACAUGAGCAACCUCAUGAAUGUUGAUACUUCUGGGAUUCUAGUACUGGAGGAACUGCACAAGAGGUUGCUUUCGCGUGGCGUGCAAUUGGCUAUGGUGAACCCGAGGUGGCUAGUGAUUUACAAGCUCAAAGUGGCACAUUUUGUGGAUAAAGUUGGAAAGAAAUGGGUUUUCCUUACUGUUGCUGAAGCCGUAGAUGCAUGUCUAUCUUCAAAAUUCCCUGACCCAUGA